AAAGGUGCGAAAGUGCAGAAUCACUCCAGCAUCCCCUUAAAUCGCACGCCUUUUUGGACAGUUCUCGCCGUAUCUCGAGCUUAGAGCGCGCGCGUCGAGCGUUCGACGGUGAUACAGUGCGUGUGUUUCGCGCGUUCGGAGUGUGGUUAGGUUGUAAUUUCUUUGGUGAGACUAAUCUACGCGCGGAUGUUGGAUCGUACGCCUCUUUAGACAGCACCGCCGUGUCUCGAACUUGGUGCACGCGCGUCGAGCGGCGUUUUCGCGAGCGAGUGGUGAGUGAGUGCCCGUGAAGAGACAACGAGCGUGAUCCGAGAGGAGGCGGCGGAGCAACCGCGGGAUUAAACGACACAGCGCCAUUUGCGGUCCAAAGCGACGAUAAUAACCUGGAAGCAUUAAUCAUCUCAACGUCUCGCUAUCAUAUUACUGCAAGCUGCGAAGUUUCCCGGAAGUUCUCUUCCAGUGCACGGACGCAGAAAGUGAUUAUCCGGGCCAUGUUUGAGCGGGGCUGCAAGCAGCACCGUCCUUGGUCGAAGUCCUUGGGAUUCAACGGAAUCGUGAAUAUUACGCUACCGUGAGUCCAGAACGAUUCCUCGAGAUGAUACCGAGAACGGCGGGCCGGUGGCUGCUCUGUGCGGCGCUUACGGUCGCCCUGUGUCAAGGCCAGGAGGACUGGAUGCAGUGCUCGUCGGUGUGCAAGUGCAAAUGGGUGUCCGGCAAGAAGACCGCCGAGUGUAUUAAGCAGAACCUCACGCAGGUGCCGAGGGACCUCUCGCCCGAGAUCCAGAAUCUCGAAUUGACCGGCAAUCGCAUAAUUCAGCUCGGCGAGGGCGCAUUCAGCCGCGUCAAUCUGGUGAAUCUGCAUAAGCUGACGUUGCGUGAUUGCGGCAUCGAGACGAUUCACACAAAGGCGUUCAACAGCCUGAAGAUCGUCAUCGAGAUCGAUCUGUCGGGCAACAAUCUCCGCGCCCUGGAACCAGGGACCUUCCACGAGACUCAACGGUUGCGAGUGCUGGUGCUCGAUCAGAACAAGCUCAAGAUACUGCAGGACAAUCUGUUCUUCAAUCUCACCUUCCUACAGAAAGUGACAUUGUCGGACAACAGAUUGGAGCGGAUCGAGGAGAGGGCGUUCAGCCACGUGGCGGGCUUGCACUCCCUCGCACUCGACGGCAAUAAUUUCAGCACUCUGCAACUGCAAAGCUUCGAGAGUCUGCCCAAGCUCGGCAGCCUCGAGCUCCGGAAUAAUCCGUGGAACUGCAACUGCCAUCUCAAAAGGUUCCGCGACUGGACAAUCGAGCGCAAGUUGUACACACAGCCGACCACUUGCCAGCAGCCGCCCCACAUGGCCGGCAAGAUGUGGGACGAAGUUGGUAGCGACGAGUUCGCGUGCAGACCGAGGAUCACCGCCGUCGGGCCGACGACCAACGAGGUGGGCAAAGGGGAGGACGUGACAUUCUGGUGCAGGGCAUCGGGAGUCCCACACCCUAAGUUAUCAUGGACGCAUCGCAAUCGCGAUGUAAAUCUCACCAGGCGCGCGAACAGCGACCGGGGGUACGUACUGUCGUCGAACCACGAAUGGUUGAAUCUCACCAUUGUCGACGCGCUGCCCUCCGACAAGGGUGACUACAUCUGCCACGCGAAGAGCCCGGGCGGCGAGGCCGAGAGAAACGUGACUCUGGUGGUCGUAGGCGACGCCGGGGGCGGCAGGGAGAACUUCAUCAGCCUGCCCCUCGCCAUCGGGCUGGGUGUCACCGCGUUGUGUCUGCUGAUCGUCACGGUGGUGCUUUGCGUGUGCUACUGCCGUCGUCGCCGCACCAGGCAUGACGAGAAGGGCCUCGAGGCGGCGUCCCUGGAGCACCACGGUCUCGGCGAGCAGGAGAAGUCCCUAAUCACAACCAUUAACCCGGUCGUGAAGCCGCCGAGGCGCUACGAGGCGCCGUCGGUGACGUCUCACGGUACGGAGAUGACGGAGCUGAAUCGCACCCUGCUCGACAACGACUCGGUUUUCGCUGACGGUGUCGGGAGCGGCGUCGUCGGCGGGGUGGGCGGCGGCAUAGGCGACGACGAGAGGGAGCACGAACUGGCCACGCCGGAACUCGACGGGGGUGGCAGCGGCGGCGGCGGAGGCGGCGGAGGAGGCGGCGGCAACGGCAGCGGCGGCGGCGGCGGUACGUUGCCGCGCGGGGGUGCCGGUUACCAUCACCGACAAUACCCGCCGGACCUGCUGGCCUUCUCCGGCGGCCGCGGCGCAUCGCCGACUAGCCAGGCGUCAACGGCGCCCGACAGCACGCGUCUACCUAGUCAGCAUAUGAUAACCCCGGCGACGACGACGGCGGCCUCGCCGUACGGCUCGCCGCCGUCCGGCCAGUACUACCCGGCCGCCUUCAAGACGCUGCCGCACAGCCGCAGCGUGACGCCGUACAGCCUCGGGCCGCCAUCGUCGUCGUCGCCGUUGGCGCCGGUGUUACCGCGCCACGGCUACGUGACGAUCCCGCGACGGCCGCGGGCGCCUAGCUGGAGCAGCGGACCCCCGACGUCGCCCACCGACGUCCUCGAGCCGGUGUACGACAAUCUGGGCCUACGCACCACGGCGGACGGCAGCUCGAUGCUGUCGCUCAACAAGAGCCCGGAACCGGCGCCCACGUCUAUGAGAGGCCGGCCACUUCCGGGCACACCGGGCAGCUCGCACUACGGCGCGAUCCAACGUAGCACCCCGAACAUCCUGGCCGGCGCGCUGGACCGGGCGGCGCCGGAAGGCGCGGCCGAGUGGCCGCUCAAGCUGGCGGACGAGAGCAUGGACGGCGGUUAUCCGCUUCUGGCGCAACAGCAGCAACAGGCCGUCGCCGCCGCCGCCGCCGCCGUCGCCGCCACCACCAGCAACACCCUCGGCAGAAAGGUGCCGCCGAGGCCGCCGCCGAAACCCAAGAAGAAAUCCGCCAACGGGCCGACGCUGUACGAGGACGAGGGCGAGGACGGCACGGAAGUAUGAUACCAUGGGCAUCGUCCGCAAUGAGGGCGACUGGUCGUAGUGCGCCACGACGGGGCGUGCGUGACCACACUUACAAUAAACCGGUAGUGCCUUUCGAGACGCGCGGGAGACUUGCACGGCUCCGUGCCGGCGAGUCUCCGCGGGAUCUGGAGGAUGAACGAAAUACGAGGAGACUCCGGAAGGCUCUCGCAGGACCCGCGAGUGGACGCGGGUGACUUCUGUCGAGGUCGCUGACGAUGAACGGCUCUUCAGCGGAGGACACGCCGAUCGGAGGACACUCGUGUCACCUAUCCCCGUUCCUCGACUUUCCCCUUUCCCGUAAGUUAUCUCUCUCGUAAGUUAUUUAUUGAAUACGCAGCAU